CACACUUCAUGAUGGUCGGUAAGAAGAUAUCUAGGGAGACACUGCUGCUAUCAGUACGUGAGGAUGAUGGAGAUGAAGGUCAUGUGGAAGAGCUGUUGGGAGCGGUUGGGAGCAGGUCACCCAGCAGACCCCGCCAUAUCUACAGCAGAGGCAGUGUGGACAACCAGACAGUGGCCAGAGCAAAUGCAUGGGGUCUGAGCGCUGGGGACAGAGUCGGAAGUGAAGCUGAUGACGGGGACGACGAUGAGGAGGAAGCUGGUAGGAGCGAUCAGCCAUUGGAUGGACAGCAGAGAGACAACGCGUGUUUCACCUUGGAUGAAGAUUCCGACACAGACCUGGAGCUUGAAGAUGAGAGGGACCAGUAUGACCUCACAGGCCAAGUGCGCUACAGGGAGGCGUGUAAGAGGCUCGGUGUGAUCCCAGCCUCCUGCUUCCUGAGGACCAUGCAGAAGAGUGAAGUCAGCAUGGCGCAUCAUGGACUCGGCCCUCAGGGUGCUGUAGCACUGGCGGUUCCCUUGGUAACCAACACAUCCAUUGUGAAGCUAAAUCUGCGAGAUAAUUGGAUGGAAGGGGUGGGCGGAGCUGCUAUGGCUGACAUGCUCAAGGAGAACUGUUACAUCACAGAGCUGGACCUUUCAGAGAACCGGAUAGGGGAGCUUGGUGCAAAAGCUCUUGCCAGCAUGCUGCUGGAGAACACCACACUGGCCUCGCUCAACCUCUCACAGAACUGCCUGGACAAGCAUGCGACCAGACACCUGGCAACGGCGCUGAGCAGCAACCAGCACCUGCAACACCUGGACAUGAGUCACAACAGGCUGGGAGAAGCAGCAGGGGAAAUCCUGGGUGCUGCUCUAGCUGAGAACACAGGAAUGAAGUCAUUCAAUCUGGCCUGGAACUGCAUUCGAGGAAAAGGAGUCAUCGCUUUAGCCAAAGGCCUGGGGGCAAAUAUAUUCUUGCGAGUCGUGGACUUAUCUUACAACGGACUGGGCAAAGAGGGAGCGGUGGCUGUUGGUCAAGGGCUUAAGGAUAACAACACUCUGGAGGAGCUUAACAUUAGUGUCAAUCGCAUACCCCCUGAAGGAGCAAUCCAUUUAGCUGUGGGUCUCAGAGUGAAUAAAACCAUUCGGAUCCUCAAGAUGGCUCGGAAUCCUGUCCAGUCGGUGGGAUGUUUUGCUGUCCUUAAGGCCAUACAGGGGAACCCAGCAUCUGCAGUGGAGUACCUGGACUUCUCGGACAUCAGCGUGGACCAGGAGUUUGAAGACAUGUUCUGCUCCAUCAAAGAGUCACUGCCAGACCUCCAGGUGAAGCAUGGGGGGAAGAGAAGAACUCUCCAGAAAACAAAGAGCUGACCAUAACUAGGAACCAUCUGGACACAGUAGUCUACUACACCAGUAGCAUGAGGGCCUAUUCCUGUGUCCACAUAAACAUUUGCGGAAAAGAAUCCUUUAAACUUCAAUACACAGAAUGUUUGCUUGAAUGUAUUGCUCGGUUUUAAGUUUAAACUGAAUCUCGACUUCUUUUUUUUUGGAAUUUAUUAAAAGUAAUUUAUUGAAAUAUAACUGAAUAAAAAUGGACCUCUGCUCUUGA